ACAUAAAAGUUACAGUCAAGGAACAUGUCAUUUAGCACCUUCACUUUUUGAUCUCUACAGAAGACAACGAGAAGUCACAUGGUAACAAUGACGACAACUUCAGUCAGCAGCUGGCCUUGCUCCUCCCAGGGAGUGCACUUUAUAACUAAUCACAGCGUCCAAUGGCCACACAACUUCUCAGGAGCAUCAAAUUUUACUGCCUGUUCCAUGGAUGAAAAAUUACUCUCUAGUGUGUUAACAACAUUCUACUCUGUUAUUUUCAUCGUGGGCCUCGUUGGAAACAUAAUUGCCCUCUAUGUAUUUCUGGGUAUCCACCGCAAAAGAAAUUCCAUUCAGAUUUACCUACUCAAUGUAGCCAUUGCAGACCUCUUACUUAUCUUCUGCCUCCCUUUCCGAAUAAUGUAUCACAUUAACCAAAACAAGUGGACACUAGGUGUGAUUCUUUGCAAGGUUGUGGGAACACUGUUUUAUAUGAACAUGUACAUUAGCAUUAUUUUGCUUGGAUUCAUCAGUUUGGAUCGCUACAUAAAAAUUAAUCGGUCUAUACAACAACGGAAGGCGAUAACAACCAAACAGAGUAUUUAUGUUUGCUGUAUAGUAUGGAUAAUUGCUCUUGCUGGAUUUUUAACUAUGAUUAUUUUAACCCUUAAGAAAGGAGGUCAUAAUUCCACAAUGUGUUUCCAUUAUAGAGAUAAGCAUAAUGCAAAAGGAGAAGCAAUUUUUAACUACAUUCUUGUCGUAAUGUUCUGGCUAAUUUUCCUACUAAUAAUCCUUUCAUAUAUUAAGAUUGGCAAGAAUCUAUUGAGGAUUUCUAAAAGGAGGUCAAAAUUUCCUAAUUCUGGCAAAUAUGCCACUACAGCCCGGAAUUCCUUUAUUGUGCUUAUCAUUUUUACUGUAUGUUUUGUUCCCUAUCAUGGCUUCCGAUUUGUCUAUAUUUCUUCACAGCUAAAUAUGUCAUCUUGCGAUUGGAAGGAAAUCGUUCACAAAACCAAUGAGAUCAUGCUGGUUUUCUCAUCUUUUAAUAGCUGUUUAGAUCCAGUCAUGUAUUUCCUGAUGUCCAGUAACAUUCGCAAAAUAAUGUGCCAACUUCUUUCCAGACGAUUUCAAGGGGAAGCGAGCAGGAGUGAAAGCACUUCAGAAUUUAAACCAGGAUACUCCCUGCAUGAUACAUUUGCUGCAGCUAAAAUUCAGUCUACUUCUUAAAGCACUUACGGUAAACAUAUUAAAAAGAAUGAUAAAAUACAGCCUAAUUCCUUGAAGAACAAAAAAUUAUGAAACAAAGCUCUAGCAUUUACAAAGCUUAGAUCCUCCCAAAGUCCUUUGCUUAUUUGUGAUAUUUCAUUUGCUUAAUUAUAAAAUAUUUUAAGUGCAAGCUUACACUCAUCACUAGAUUUUAAAUCUGUAUAUAAAAUCUUUUAGGCUAACACUGUUAACAUAGAUUAUAAAAUUAAAUGAAAUUUAUGGUUUUAACCACAGAAUAAUUAAAGAAAAUGUUAUAGUUUCUCAAGUCACUAAAGUAGCUAUUCAAAAUCAAGUACCUAAUACUAAUUUAAAGUGUGCUUAAAAGUUAACUGAUUUGAGGACCAACUUAAAAUGUCAGAAAAUAUAUGUUCAUUGUCAUUUAAAAAGCUUGUAUAAUUUGCCACUGUAUUCACUUAUGUCUAAACCUCUAUUAACAGAUGAAAUAAUAAAAUUCUAAUAAAAACUGAAAUCACCCACUAUCUAUCACUGCUUAGUACAAUAGGUGAGCUAAAAUUCAAUAGCCUAGCGACAGUACUUAAGACUGCACCUUACUUAAAACAGAUUUAUAAACAAUUCAGCCAUCUUGGACCAUACACUUUGAUAAAGCAAAAUUGAAGAUGUGUACACCCUAUGAUCCAGCAAGUCCACUACUAGGUAUACAUCUUACAGAACCACUCGAACAUGUAUACAAGAAAACAUGUGUAAAGAUGCUCAGUGACCUACUGCUCACAAUACUAAACAAAUGUAAACAACCUAAGUAUGAGUAUGCAUCAGCAAAGGAAUGGAGAAAAAAACUUCAUGUGCAUGCAUCAACGUGGAGAAUUGGCAAAAAUAAUGUUGAAUAAAAAACAAAAACUGCAAAAGGGUAUGUACCCUAUGAAAUCACUUAUGUAAAAUACAAAACCACAUAAAACAAUACCGUAUUCUUUACACAUCUAUACAUAUGCAAUAAAAAUAUAAAACAUACGUCAUAAUAUACACAAACAUAUAUACCCACUUAAGGUUAAUGGUUACAUCUGGAGAGAUUUGAAGCAAACAUGGCAAAAUAUUAAUAAUGUCUGUUAAACCUGUGUGGUAAUACAUGGGUAUUUGUUAUGUAAUUUUUGGUAUAUA